CAAAAAGUUACCAAUUACAAGCCUCAGUCAACCCUCAUUCUAGGUGUUAUUCAAGAGAGAAAGGAGAUCUCGCCCUUGUUGAUGAUGAGCACGCCCUGAAGUCACCAUAACCUCUCUGUCUGUGGCCCUGCAAAUCUGUCAACAUGGCGUCCCCUUCGAUGCUCACGAAGUUUGAAAGCAAAAGCAGUCGCGCCAAGGGCCUUGCUUUCCAUCCGAAAAGACCAUGGAUACUGGUCAGCUUGCACAGUAGCACUAUCCAGCUAUGGGACUAUCGCAUGGGCACUUUGAUCGAUCGAUUCGAGGAGCAUGACGGACCAGUGCGCGGCAUUGAUUUCCACAAGACACAACCUCUAUUCGUUUCUGGUGGAGAUGACUACAAGAUCAAAGUCUGGUCAUACCAAACGAGAAGAUGUCUAUUCACUCUCAAUGGCCAUCUUGACUACGUUCGUACAGUCUUUUUCCAUCAUGAACUUCCCUGGAUUCUCUCGGCCUCGGAUGAUCAAACGAUCAGAAUUUGGAAUUGGCAGAAUCGAUCUCUAAUCUGUACCAUGACCGGCCACAACCACUACGCAAUGUGCGCGCAAUUCCACCCGAAAGAAGAUCUCAUAGUCUCCGCCUCGCUCGAUCAGUCAGUAAGAGUAUGGGAUAUUUCAGGCCUUCGGAAAAAGCAUUCAGCUCCGACCUCGAUGAGCUUUGAAGAUCAGAUGGCGCGUGCAAACCAGCAACAAGCAGAUAUGUUUGGAAAUACCGAUGCGGUGGUCAAAUUCGUUCUCGAAGGUCACGACCGAGGCGUCAACUGGGUUGCGUUCCAUCCUACACUUCCGCUGAUCGUUUCGGCCGGUGACGAUCGCCUGGUCAAGUUGUGGAGAAUGAGCGAAACAAAGGCAUGGGAGGUCGAUACCUGUCGUGGUCAUUUCCAGAAUGUGUCAGCAUGUCUCUUCCACCCUCACCAGGACUUGAUUCUGUCGGUGGGCGAAGACAAGACUGUCCGAGUUUGGGACCUCAAUAAGAGAACCUCUGUCCAAUCUUUUAAGAGAGAAAAUGACAGAUUUUGGGUGAUAGCUGCACACCCGGAGAUCAACCUUUUCGCCGCCGGACACGACAAUGGAGUUAUGGUCUUCAAGCUUGAACGGGAGCGGCCAGCAUCCUCAGUCUACCAGAACCAGCUAUUUUACAUCACCAAGGACAAGCAUGUCCGCUCCUAUGAUUUUACGAAGAACGCCGAAUCACCCUCUCUGCUCUCGCUUAGGAAGUUUGGCAGUAACUGGGUGCCUCCUCGCACACUGUCAUAUAACCCUGCAGAGCGCUCCAUACUGGUCACUUCGCCGUCAGAUAGUGGCAGUUACGAAUUGAUCGGGCUUCCCCGAGAUGCCACAGGCGCUUCUGAUCCAACGGACAUCAAGCGGGGGUCCGGGAAUGCUGCGGUGUUUGUCGCUCGCAACCGUUUCGCCGUCUUCAGCGUCGCAACUCAGCAGGUGGAGAUCAAAGACCUGAGCAAUUCUACCACAAAAGCCUUCAAGGCACCGACGCCCGGCACUACUGAUAUCAGUUACGGCGGUACUGGAUGCUUGUUACUUUUGAGUCCUUCGAAUGUUGUCCUAUACGACAUUCAGCAGAAAAAGCAACUUGCCGAGCUUGCUGUGCCUGGUGUCAAGUAUGUUUCGUGGUCGAACGAUGGCCUCUAUGCCGCACUGCUCAGCAAACACAAUGUCACCAUUGUCAACAAGAAUCUCGAACAAGUCAGCACAUCACACGAAACCAUCAGAAUCAAGAGCGCAACUUGGGAUGACUCGGGUGUUUUGCUCUAUUCGACCUUGAACCACAUCAAAUACACACUUCUUAAUGGUGAUAAUGGCAUUCUCAGAACUCUUGAUCAGACAGUUUACCUGAUCAAGGUCAAAGGUCGUAAUGUCUACUGUCUCGACCGAGCAGCUAAACCUAAAGUUCUCAGCAUCGACCCGACAGAGUACCGUUUCAAGCUUGCCUUGGUCAAGCGAAAUUACGACGAAAUGCUCCAGAUUAUCAAGAACUCAAGCCUGGUCGGACAGAGCAUCAUUGCUUAUGUGCAGAAGAAAGGCUAUCCCGAGAUUGCGCUCCAGUUUGUCCAAGACCCUCAGACAAGGUUUGAGCUGGCUAUUGAAUGUGGUAAUCUAGAGGUUGCGACUGAGAUGGCUAAAGAGCUUGACCGACCAAAGAUAUGGACUCGUCUCGGGGCUGAAGCUCUGAUCCACGGUAACCACCAAACUGUGGAGAUGACAUAUCAGAAACUCCGAAACUUCGACAAGCUUUCGUUUCUCUACCUCUGCACUGGUGACCAGGAGAAGCUAACAAGGAUGGCUAAGAUUGCAGAGCAUCGCGGCGACUUUGUUUCUCGUUUCCAAAAUGCUCUUUACCUAGGUGACGUCGAGAGCCGCAUCCAAAUGUUCAAGGAAAUCGACCUCUAUCCUUUGGCUUAUCUGACAGCCAAGACACAUGGCCUAACGGAAGAGUGUCAAUCAAUUCUUGAGUUGUGCGGCCUCACGGAAGAUCAAAUAUCGAUGCCCGAAUCUGGCAAAGCUCUCGUACCUCCCAAGGCCGUCGUUCCUACGUACAAGGCAAAUUGGCCGGUUAAAGAGGCUUCUCACUCCUCAUUCGAGAAGGCUUUGCUCGGCGAGGUUGGAGGUGCCGUCGAGGAUGACGCUGGACCUGAUCUACUGAAUGAAGACAUCCCUGUUGCUGCGGAUGGUGCUGGUCUUGCAAUCGAGGAUGAAGGCGAAGCCGGUGAAGGAUGGGAUAUGGGUGACGACAUCGGCCUGGAUACCGCCGGUGAUGAUUCUGAAUUUGUGAAUGUUGACAACCCUGAUGCUGCAGUUGAAGCUGCUGGGCCAGGAAGCUCGGAAGCUGACAUGUGGGCACGCAACUCACCUCUUGCCGCUGACCACGUCGCUGCGGGUUCAUUCGAGAGCGCUAUGCAACUGCUCAAUCGACAGAUUGGUGCUGUCAAUUUUGGCCCUCUGAAGCCCCGAUUCCUUGAGAUUUAUCAAGCUUCGAAAACCUACCUACCCGCCAAUUCGGGAUUACCUCCUAUUCUCAACUAUGUCCGUCGUAACGUUGAUGAGACAGACAGCAGAAAGUUGCUGCCAAUUAUUCCUAAGACUCUAGACUCACUCAGCAAUGCGGACUUACAGGAAGGCUACACUGCUAUGCGGACCAACAAACUUGAGAACGGUGUUGUCACUUUCCGAAACGUCCUGCAAUCCCUUCUGGUGAAUGUGGUUGGUUCCGAAGCUCAAGUCGACGAAGCAAAGGCAUUGAUCGCCAAGUCUAUGGAAUAUACUCUCGCCAUGAGCAUCGAACUGGAGAGGAGACAACUUGCCACCGCUGGUGGUGAUUCGGAAGAACAGCUCAAGCGACAAUUGGAGUUGUCAGCAUACUUCACCGUGCCGAAACUUGACGUGUCGCAUCGACAGCUCGCACUUAUGGCAGCCAUGAAAUUGGCUUUCUCCAAUAAACAAUUCUCAAGUGCUCUCUCCUUCGCUAACCGGGUCCUUGCGAACGGCGGUGCUCCGAAGUUGGUCGAACAGGCAAAGAAAGUCAAACAGCAGGCUGAACGAUCCGGUUCUAGCGACAAGAUUGACAUUGAGUACGACCAGUUCGCUGAGUUCGAAGUUUGUGCGGCUUCAUACACACCCAUCUACACUGGGUCUCAAAGUGUGUCAUGUCCUUUUGACGGCGCAAAAUACCAGAGCCAGUACAAAGGACAAGUCUGUAAGAUUUGUGAAGUGUGUGAAAUUGGCGCCGCUGCUUCUGGACUGAGAUUAUGGGUGCGAGGAUUGUAAACGCGUUUUGGAACCGGAAGAGUAGCAUGAAUUGAUGAAGAAAAGAGCACUUUAUUGCUAAUAACGCACUUUGGCUGGUCUAAACCCGCUGUGGAAGCAGAGCUGGCGUUGCAUGUUGGAAGGUGGUUAGAAAGCGAACUUGAAAAUCGGCUGCUUUGUGCUAAAUCUGAGGCAAACAUGAAGUUUGGUCCUCGGCGAAUAAAUAACUUAUGCACAUGUCCUUUGGUG